GUGAAAAGAACACAAUCACCCCUCAAAUCCCAAUAUCCACAUUAUAAAUUCAGCAAAGCAAUUCGAUCUCAGAUCUGCGUCCGAUUCUCCGAGCCAAUUUUUGCUGAAUGAAGAGUUGGUGACAAGUAUAGAAAGAUAAAAAUGGGUGCAAGGAAAGCUGGUUUAAUUGCUCUGUUUGAUGUUGAUGGAACUCUUACAGCACCCAGGAAGGAAUCUACUCCACAAAUGUUGAAAUUCAUGCAGGAACUUAGAAAGGUAGAUGAUUCUUCUGCCAUACUCCUUUUUCCUUCUCUCUCUUUUCCACAUAUAUUAUUUUUCCUCUCAAGGAUUCUCUGUCUUAACAAUUUUGUCAACCUGCAGGUUGUUACUGUUGGAGUUGUUGGAGGUUCUGACCUUGUCAAGAUAUCAGAACAGCUUGGCAAUACAGUUACAAAUGACUAUGAUUAUGUUUUCUCUGAAAAUGGCCUUGUAGCACAUAAAGAUGGCAAGCUUAUUGGAAAACAGAGCUUGAAGUCAUAUCUUGGGGAUGAGAAGCUUAAGGAAUUUAUUAACUUUACCCUCCAUUACAUUGCUGACUUGGAUAUUCCAAUAAAGAGAGGAACAUUCAUUGAGUUUAGAAGUGGCAUGUUAAAUGUGUCGCCUAUUGGGAGGAACUGUAGCCAAGAAGAAAGGGAUGAAUUUGAAAAUUAUGACAAGGUACAGAAGAUACGCGAAACUAUGGUAUCAGUGCUCAGAGAAAAGUUUCCACAUUUUAAUCUCACCUUCUCCAUUGGAGGCCAAAUUAGUUUUGAUGUUUUCCCCCAAGGUUGGGACAAGACUUACUGUUUGAGAUACCUUGAAGAAUUUAAUGAAAUUCACUUUUUCGGAGACAAAACAUACAAGGGAGGAAAUGACCAUGAGAUCUAUGAGUCUGAGAGAACUGUGGGUCACACAGUUACUAGCCCGGAGGAAACAUUGAAACAGUGUUCUGUUCUAUUCCUCGGCAAAGAUAAUGGAAGUUCUUGAGCUUGUUGCAGUU